CCAACAAACACGCCGAUCCAGCCCUGUCAGAAAAAAAGUUCGAACCCCAUUGCUUUAGAACCAUGGUGGUCCUCAAUCUGGAAGGUGUAGAACUUGACACGUCGGCAGCCGAUGAUUAAGACCGACACGCACGAAGCACUGAAUCAUACCCCCCGAACCAACCGACUGAUUGCCUCUUACAUAGUUCUGAAAACUCAGAACUCAGAAGACCAAAUUUGACUCCCUCACUCCCUCGCUCACUCUCAUCUGUAAAGCAGGAGAUUUACUUAUCUCAAUAGAAUUGAGCAGGACGUACAAAACCCUAGCUGUUUAAUCGAAAUCAAAAUCAAAGCAAAAUGGGAUCUGGUGCUGGAAAUUUCCUGAAGGUCCUCCUCAAGAACUUCGAUGUUCUUGCUGGGCCUGUGGUUAGUCUCGUUUAUCCUCUAUAUGCGUCAAUAAAGGCUAUUGAGUCCAAGUCGCAUGUUGAUGAUCAACAAUGGCUUACAUAUUGGGUUCUCUAUUCUUUACUUACGCUCUUUGAGCUCACCUUUGCGAAAGUAAUUGAAUGGAUUCCUAUCUGGCCAUAUGCAAAGCUCAUUUUGACUUGCUGGCUCGUCAUCCCAUACUUCAGCGGUGCUGCAUAUGUUUAUGAACAUUACGUGAGACCUUUCUUUAUCAACCCACAGACGAUUAACAUCUGGUAUGUGCCAAGGAAGAAGGAUUUGUUCAGUAAGCCAGAUGACAUUAUAACAGCUGCAGAGAAAUACAUGGAAGAGAAUGGGACAGAGGCUUUUGAGAAGCUCAUUCAUCAGGCUGAUAAAUCCAAGAGAUUGUUGCAGGAAGCUUAA